AUGUUUUCAAUUGGAAACUUUUCUGGAUUUGCAGGUGAUUUUACGACACAAGCUCUAGAGAGACUUAAUAGAUGUCCCUUGGUUUUUGAAGUAACCCCGGAUAUUCCAUUCUAUGCUUAUGAUUUAGAAGUGCAAGAAAAUGCCCCAAGACAUUUGGCAAGAAUCAGUCGCCAAAGAAGAAUGCGACAAGGUGCAAGCUAUCCAUAUAUCUUUGAUGAUGAUUAUAUUGGAGUUGGAGUUAAUGCUUAUGUCAUAGAUUCUGGUGUUGAAGUGGAGCAUCCAGAAUUCCAGGGCCGUGCGAGCCACGGAAAAGAUUUCACCGGUGAAGGUUCUGGUGAUUCCAACGGUCACGGAACUCAUGUUGCUGGUAUAAUCGGGUCAGAGACAUAUGGUGUUGCAAAAGGAGUCGAAAUUAUUGAAGUCAAGGCUUUGAAUACCAAAGGUGCAGGUUCUUUGAGUACAAUUUUAAAUGCCAUUGAAUUUGCAGUUAAUCAUAGAGAGAAGACUGGAAAACAUGGGGUUGCAAAUUUGUCAUUGGGUUCCUAUAAAAGUCAAACAUUAAAUAAUGCCAUAGAAGAAGCUACCAAAAAUGGAUUGGUUAUAGUUGUGGCAGCAGGAAAUUCAAAUAUCGACGCUUGUCUCGCAAGUCCAGCAAGUUCAAAAUAUGCAAUUACAGUAGGUGCGAUUGAUGACCUUACUGACACCAUUACCAGUUUUUCCAACUGGGGUCAAUGUGUUGAUAUUUUUGCGAGUGGUUUCCAAGUUAAGAGUGUAGAUGCAAAAUAUCAACAAAAAGCUCUGACCUUAUCUGGUACUUCUAUGGCUGCUCCUAUUGUAACUGGAAUGGUUGCCCAACUAUUAGGAGGUGGGGUACCUCCCCGUGAUAUUAAGAAAACUUUGAUCAAGAUGUCAGCCAAGGAUCGUAUUCCCAAGUCGUCUUUUUUCCUUAGGAAAAGAACCCCCAAUAGAAUUGCUUAUAACCGAGUUGCUGAGAGAGAUUACUAUACCGAGGAAGAAGACUCUGAUGAGGGAUAUUCGUCGUGA